AUGAGCGGCAGCUCGAACCAGUCUACUCGAACGAGUCCCGGUUCUUUCGGAACAAACCAGCGCACAGAGUCCGUAUCUUCUGGUUCAUCGCCGACACAACAGUCACUCUCCUCCCAGGCGCCCGCGACGACUCAGCAUGCGAUGUCGACCGACGUGUAUAGCCCAAACGUCUCGCAAGCCCCCGCAUCACUUGGCCCUACUUUCACAUAUCCCUUUGGUCCCUCUUCAUCUUUCGACAACGGAAUGCGCCUCGGCGACGCCGAUCGCAACCUCCAGGGCCUAAAUGGCCUGGGUCGCGCAUCCAGUGGUGGCGCAAUCUUGAUGCGCAAGCUUCCCCGAAACACUAGUCGUGAAGCCCUUCGCAGUAUGCUGCUUUUUGCCAAAGAUUUUGUUGAUGCCGAUUUCGUGACCUCAGACCUCCCCGAAGAUGACGGUUUUUUGAGCGCGAUCGCGCGCUUCAACACUCUUCCCGCGGCCGAAGAGGCCCGUGCCCUUCUUGAUGGCAAACCGAACUCCAAGAAUGACGCGAAUAUGGUGGUGGAGAUGUAUCCUGGCCCGGUCGGAUCCAACUUCUCCAAUACGCGUCGCAACACGAUCGAUCAUACCGCGACGCGUGGUUUAUUGGGUGGUGUCCCUUCUAACGGCCCUCUAUCGCGUCAAUCUUCUCGAUUUAAUGGAACUUUCCAAAGUCUAGAGAGACUCUCCGCAAACCCAUCCGGUCAGGCUAUCGGCGAAGGCUUGCCAUCGGCAUCCGACUCUGGUUCGCGUCUCCACAGCCUGUUCUCCCCACAAUCUCCGAUCGGAAAUGGUGUUGGAGAUCUGCCACGUGUGACUGGAAAAUCGAUGAUCGAUGAAGAUCCCGACGAAGAGACUGGCGAAUUACUUAAAGACCCCGUGGGUUAUGCUGAAAAUGGCCACUCUGCUUCGGUUUCUGUUGGCCGUCGCUCAACCAACCCUCAAAUGCCAACUGGUCGUUUUGGAAGUUUGUCUCUCUCAACCAACAUGUCUUCACCUCCCUUGCCCAAUUACCAAUCGGGUGGCCCUGGUCCACGUAUGAGUGGAAGUGGCCCAUCCUCGAAUUACCAAAGUAAUGUGAAUCAUGGUCAUGGAUACCCAUAUGCCAGUCAACAUACACCCCGGCACAGCUUGCCAGCCGCCAACCCCAAUGAUCUCAACCCACCUUGCAACACCCUUUAUGUCGGAAAUCUACCCCCUGAUACCUCUGAAGAGGAGCUCAAAGCACUUUUCUCCAAGCAACGCGGAUACAAGCGACUCUGCUUCCGCAAUAAGCAAAAUGGUCCGAUGUGUUUCGUUGAGUUCGACGAGGUGGCGAUGGCAAGCAAGGCUUUGAAUGAGUUGUAUGGUUACAAACUGUCCAACAGUGUCAAAACUGGCAUUCGUCUCAGCUUCUCCAAAAACCCUCUCGGCGUGCGCUCCGGCCAGCCUGGUAGUAUGAACCCGGCCAAUCCGCUUUCCGGGCCUGGCGGUGCUCCUGCGGGCAGUAGUCUGGGUGGAAUACCCAGCCAUAUGUUCUCAUCAGUAACCGGGCCCCCUCCAGGCCUCCAGGCACCCCCGGGGCUUGCCAUGCCCAUGCCGUUGCGCAACGGUGGCAAUAACAUCCACGGCCAAGGAAAUCCCCACACAAUGGUGAACAGCCCUCAAUUUAAUCACAACUCCGGUCUAGGGAUUCGAGCAAACGGAGCAAACUCAAUGAUGAUGUCGCCUCCUCCUCCUCCUCCUCCUGGCGGUGCUGCCAGGAACAAUGCAGGACCGGAUAUGAAUGGCUUUAAUUCCUUCUAUCCUGAUUACAUGAUGGGUCGUUAA